CCUCCACAAUUAAACACCAAAAUAUUGCAGUAUUUAAGCAACAUGUAUUUCCAUAUGCUCCAUGGUUUCUCAUUUGUUCUGGUCCACUACGUGUAUGAAUAAGUAAUAUCACACGGACACACGUUGACCGGGAACGAAGAGGCCAGGCCGUGCAAUGGGACAUGGAUACCGGUUUGAACCAGUUGAAGGCAAGACUAUCUCUCCUGUACUAUACGCUGUCCCCCAUAAUUGAGAUGACUUCAAUGCCUGUGUAAUUAUCGAGUCGUAGCCUCGAGGCAUGAUUCGUUACAGCAUAACGGAGAAGAAAGGCGUCCGACGAUAGCAUACCGUGCCGCACCUUCCUUUAUGUCGAUAUGAGUAAAAUGGGACAACUGACAGGAUCCAUGUGAAGUUUGAGGCCGGGGGAGUUUGCAACAGAAUUCGCUCAACCCUGACCAUUUACCUGUUCGGUCACAUUUUUGUGCGGUGAGUUUGAUGCACAUAGCGACUUUGCUUUGUUCACCCGGAUGUGUGGCGACGCUUGGCAAGAAAAUAUGUUGUCUAUCACCCUGCUUGCCAGGCUGAUUAGCAUAAAAAUAGCGUGACGACGUCUCGUCCGAAUAUGGGCAUUAGGUGGUAGAACCAGUGCAUCACCCAAGCCCGUUGUCUACCUGCCGCCAUUUUGUAAAUCAUGUAUGGGACCAGGCACGACAAAGAAGUCCUUUUUGUGAGUGUGUUAGGAGUUGUCAGGGUAUGAUACAGUCUAACACAAGUCGCUAAAAUGAUCCGGGACAAGUCAGGAAGCAGACAUUAUCGGGUUGGGGAGUCGCAACCAACUUCUAGGACACAUUCAAGGCGAGGUUCCUGGUCAAGCACCACCUCGGAGCCCGCACCGAGACUGGAUCCCGACGACGAUGGGGAUUUCGACACGCCGACCGGGUCUCCUCGUGGCUCGCCGAGACCAAGAACGUUUGAAGGAGGUCCGCCGCUCGGGUUUGACUUCACACAGGGUCCGGGCCCAGGGAUACCGCCGCCUCCCUAUCCAGGAACGUCAGGUAUGCCAAUCACACCUUCUGCGGUUUCAAAUUUGCAACGGUCAUGGUCCAUAUCAUCGCUAUCUGAUGCCGUUUAUGAAGAGAAAAUCAAGCAGCUCGAAGAUCAGAACAAGGCCUUUGCUGUUUAUGUAGUACGAUCUAGAGAACUUGACCGAGAAAACAGGGCACUGAAAGCACAUAUAGAUUCCUUAAUGGCGUCAGGUGUAACUUCAGAUGGUUCCGAUGGUUCUACCGCUCAAUCACCGACUACCCCGACAUCACCCUUGUCUCCCACAAGCAGUGGGCCCGUAACAGAACGCCAGAGAUACAUGGAAGAAAUGACGAAGUUAAGGAAAAGGCUUUUAGAGGUAGAGACAGAGAACAGAGAGCUAAAAUCUCUUCUUAGCAAGAUGAGAAAAAGUGAAGAUGUAUUCACCAAGACACAAGAUGAGUUUCAGAAGAUGUUGACUGAAAAUCUGCAGCUAAAACGGGACAAGGCAAAAAUAGAAUUUGAUCUCGAACGACAGAAAAAAGCCAGCGAGAAAGCAAAGUAUCUAGAGGAAGAAAACUUGGUGCUCCAAAAGCAAUCUAAAAGUAGGGAAAUGGCAGAUGAAGAAAUGAGGCAACUACGUCAAAGAGUGGCUGACCUCUAUGCAGAGAAAGAACAAGGAGAGAAAGAGAGAAAGCUUCUUGAAGAUCAGUGCCUUAAAUUGCAAGAGAAUGCCAGAAAACAACUAGAAGGAGACGAAGCUGUACAGAGAAUAGUUCAGGAGAACAGAGAGCUUAAUAUGCAGAUCAGCAAGCUAAAGAAGUUGGAAUUCAGUCUCCAAGAAACUAGGAAAAACCUUGAGAAAUCAAGAGAGGAGUGUAGACAAAUGAGGCAAGACAACCUUGAGAAGCGAAGACAUUUGGAGUAUAUAGAGGCGCAGAGGUUUGAAGAAAAGCUGGAGAAGAGCCAGACAACUGUGAAAGAAUACAGAGCCAAGCUCAUUGACGUACAAAAUGAAAAGAAGAACCUAUUGGAAGAGAAAAGGUCAGCCGAUCAAAAGCUUAGGGAAUUGGAGUCAUUAAGAGGCGAGUCAAAAGUUCACGUGCAGCAGAUAGCAACACUCCAAGCUAAAACAGGUCAGAUGGGUCAGAUGGAGCAGGAUAUGAGGACCAUGAAAGAGCAACUAAACGCUUUAAGUGAGGAGAGGGAGAAUCUUGUGAGGGACUGCGAGCGAUACAGUCACCUCAUCCAGCAAGCUACAGACCAGCUAACGCAGUUGCAGGGAGAAAACAGUGAACUAAAGGCCCAAGCUGACAAAGUCCCGGGUAUGGAGAGCACUUUAACAGAGAUGGGUGCCAGAUUAGAACAGCUGUCAGGUGCUGAAGAGGAAAAUCAGGUGCUGCGAAAAACAACACAACAGCAGGGACAAGAACUGGAAAGGCUAGGGAGAGAAAGUGAGGAUGAAAUUGCCAAGCUGAAAGCAGGCAACGAAGAAAUGAUGACCUACGUCCAGCAAGCAGAACAACAGAUAAAUGAAAAUAACGCGAAAAUGAAUCAAAUACAAGAGGUGAACGUUCGUCUAGAAGGUCAGAACAAAUCCAUCAAGAAGGAAAUGCACGAAGUCUUAGUAACGUCGGGACAAAUAAGGCGUUCUUUGGAUGAAAAUAAGAAACAAAGCGUCGCUGUUUCUCAGUCUAUGAAGGAUGUGGAAGAGCGUCUACAGUCUGCGACGCAAGAAAGAGAUUCAAUGAGAGCAAAGAUUUCAGAAAUGGAAAACUUAUUGGAGGAAUCGAAGGCAAGAGAAAAAGAACUCUCAGAAACCAAAACAAAGAAAGAGGAAGAACUGGACCGUAUUCAGAAAGAACAUGCUGAAAUGAAGGAUAUGGUCAGUGGACUGCAACAAGCCAUGUCAGACAAUGAUACUGCAAACCAGGGUCUGAUCAGUGCUAAGGAAAAGGGAGACGAACAACUGCAAGCUUUGAUGCAGGAAAACCAAGAGUUGCAAGUUAAGAUCUUCAGUCUCGAGAAAGCCCUAAAGGAAGAUGCACCAGAUAACGAGAAGAUGAAUAGUUUGAUCGCCGACAAAGAGAUCCUGGAACAAAAAGUUGCGGACCUGGAGAAGAAACUAUCAGAGAAUCUUGACAAGUUGACAAUGUGCCUUGCAGAGCAGAGGGAAGCAGAGGAGAACAAGAAGAAGGCUAAGGAGUACACAGUCAUGAUGGUAGAGCACCAAAGUCUGCAGACAAAAUAUUCCGACCUCGAAAGCCUUCUUGAGGAUACCAAGAACCAAAGAGACUCUUUUGCCAAAGAGAAAGAUAAGAUUGCAAAAGAGGGAGAUGACAAGAUCAACGAUAUUAUGAAGGAACUUGACGACCUACGCAAGACAAACCAAGAAAUGGAGAAAGAGAUGGAACAACAUGUCAAAGUUGCCAAAGAGAAAGAUAAGAUCGCAAAUGACGGAGAUGACAAGAUCAAAGAAAUUAUGAAAGAACUGGAUGCCCUGCGCAAGACAAACCAAGAAAUGGAGAAGGAGGUGGAACAACACAUCAAAGUUGCGAAGGAGAAAGAGAAGAUUGCAAAAGAUGGAGAUGACAAGAUCAACGAAAUCAUGAAAGAAUUGGAUGCCCUGCGCAAGACAAACCACGAAAUGGCGAAGCAAAUGGAACAAGUCAAAGCCAGUGAGAAGGGAAAGGCAAGUGAACACAUACUUGAAACCCUGCGAAAAGAAUACAACGAACUCGCAAAGGAGCUGGACAAGAUCAGAUAUGAAAAGGAGUCGAUAACCAAACAGUACAAAGAGAGGCAGACGGCCACGAGCAAGCUUACUGAUGAACUGAAAGAGCAGAUUGAAAAGAUGAGGAAGGAAAACGAUGCAGUGUGGAAGGAAAGACAAGGACUUGAAACAAAAUUAAAAGAGACAUCGAAGAAGCACAAAGACGAGGCUGAAAAUCUGAAGAAAGAGUAUCAAAAGGCGUUGACGUCACUUGACGAGUGUCGAAAAAUGCUCCCCGAAAAACAGGUCACAGAACAGAAGGCUGCUGAGGCGUACAGUAGUCAGAGUAAAGAUAAGGAAGAACCUGCCAGAAAGAAAGGCAAACAGGACGACAUGAAUAAAACAUCAAGCAACAAGUCGGUGGAUGCCGUGGCGAAGAUGGAGUGUCAAGAAACCCAGACAGAGGGGAAACUGUCAACUAUGGAGUGGAAAGAAACACAGACAGAAUCAGAACGUGUGGAACAGCAUACGAGCAAGGCAGAGGGGAAACUGUCAACUAUGGAGUGGAAAGAAACACAGACAGAAUCAGAUCGCGUGGAAGAGCAUAGAAACCCAGGAGAGGGAAAAACGUCAACGAUGGAGUGGAAAGAAACUCAGACAGAGUCCGAUCCAGUGAAGACAGACACUAGUCCAGUGCAGGAAAAAGCGGAUAAAAACCAACAGACAGAAGAAACUACGAAAAAAAUGACCGACUUAGCAAAAGAACUGAAAGACCUUAAAGUGGAAAAUGCCAGAUUGUUGGCUGAAAAGGAAUACAUUCUGCAACAGUUCGAUAUAUCUCAUACCAAAGAAGAUGAAAUCAAGCCCUAUAAGGAGGCUGUAAACAGGGCAGAAGAGGAGAAAAAGCUGGUGUCGACAGAGCUAGACACACUCAAAGCACAGAUCGAGGAUCAAGAAGCGGCACACAAAACGCUUAUCAACGAGAAUCUCCAACUCAAGAAAGACCUUGGCCUUCAGACUGAGAUAGCAACAAAGCAUCAGCAGGACGCACUGUCUCGAAAAAUAGCAUAUGAGGGAAUGGAGAUGCGCAUCGUUGACAUAGAGAAGAUGACAGAAAAACUCAAACAAGAAAACAAAAGUCUCAAGACAGAGAAGGUCAAGUUGACCAAGGAAGCCGGGACUGCAACACCAAAGAAGGCAAGCCAGCGUAUGCGGGAAGCAAUAGAAACAUUGGAGCAAGAAAAUAAGAGUUUGGAAGAGGCAGCUAAGGAACACAAGAAAACAAAACGCGAGAUGGAACAAGCGAUUGACCAGUUGAAAAAGAGCAAUGCCCGUCUCAAAGAAGAGCUUGAAUCCCAAAAGGCAGCUCUAGACAGUUCCAAAACGUUGGCUCAGGAAAAGGAACAGAAAUUGUCUGAAACAGAGAACCAUUUGCAGAAAGAGAAGCAAACGGUAGAGGAACUCACAACACAGAUAGAAAGUGAAAAGAAGAUUGUACAGCAGCUAAAUGAAGAGAUGCAAAUCCAAAGGAACACUGUGGCAUCACUUGAGAACCAGCUAAAGGACGAAAAGACCACUAGGAAAGCACUCGAAGAUAGUACAGAGAAAACAAGGAAAGAGCUUGAGGAUACAAAACUGAAGAUGGCGGGGCAUUCAAAGGAAGCGGAGACAAAACUCCUAGAGCUUGAAAAAAAGAAAAUGAGCUCCGAGAAUGAGAUUGAUGAUAUGCAGAAGUUGAUUGAGGACAUCAGGCAGUCAAACAAAACAUUGGAAGCGGAAAAGGAAGUUCUAGAAAAGGAUGUGGAAUCCCAGAAAGAACUGAUAGAGGCCUUGGAAAAGGAUCUAGGCGAGGUGCAGUCCAAGUUGACGGGUGUGAGCUCCGAACUGGACCGAGUGAAGACUGAGCUGCAGCGAACAGAAGAAGUUGGGGAGCAAAUCAAUCAACUCUUGACAAAAACGAACAAAGAAGGUGAAACAAUGCAGAAGAAAAUAAAAGACCUCAAAAACGAAGUUGAGACGUCAAAAGCGGAAAAGAAGACCUUAACAGCCGAGAGAGAUCGCCUUCAAAGACAGCUGCGGAACAGUAUGACGAACGUAGAAGAGGAGGCUAGCGAAAUCAUGCAGCUUAAAGAGAAGCUCAGUCUAUCAAAAGAGGAAACAAGAGUGGCAAACAUCGAGAACGAAAAGCUCAAAUCUCUUGUUCGUGAGCUAAAGGACGCUCACACUAAGAUGCGCACUGAAAAUCUUCACUUACAGAGGGAGUGUGACACACAAAGUAAGGAGAUGGAAAGGAAAGUCAAGGAUUAUGAAGACAAAGCCAAGGCAAUGGACGAAGGUAGCAAUGCAUUGAAGAAACAGGUAGAAGAUUUGCUUCACCUGAAACACAGCUAUGACGAGAGCUGUAAAAAGAUUGAGCAGAUGUCAUUUGAGAAGGCAUCUCUUGAAGAGGAUAACAAUCGUCUGAAUGUGCAGUUAAAGGAGAAGGAAUCUCAAAUCGCUGAGGCCGAGACUGGUAAAACCUCCCUCGAGAAAGUGAUGAAAGAAAAGGUUGAUGAAAUUAACAGCAUUCGGACGAUCUUAGAGCAGAAGGUUAAGGAAGCAGAGAAUGCAAAGUCCAACAUAGAGCAGAAAGCAAAGGAAGCAGAGAAUGCGAUAAAAAGCAUAGAGCAGAAGGUAAAGGACACAGAGAAUGCGAAAAAGAACAUGGAGCAGAAGGCCAAAGAAGCAGAAAAUGCGAAGAACAACAUCAUGAAAGAGAAAGAAAACUUGAGCGAAAAAGUGAAACAGGCCGAAAAAGCAAAGGCAUUUGUAGAGAAAGAGAAAGAGCAACUGCAGUUGAGAGUCAGCGAUGCCGAGGUUCUCAUGCAAACCAACAGGGAUGCGCACGAACAGAGGUUAAGAGGAGUGGAAGAAGAGCUUUCACGAACAAAAGAAGAGAUGGACACUCUUAAGAAGACUUCAGCAGAAACUAAGAAGAGCAAAGAUCAAGGAGACCUUGAAAUAUCCCGGCUUCAGGCACGUGUAGAAGAGCUGGAAAAAGACAAGACUACAGAGUCUGGCAAAGAAAAUGAACAGCUUAAGAGAGUGAAAGCUGACCUGGAAAGCAAGUCGUCCGAACUUUCUUCAUUACAAUGGCAAGUGAAAGAGAAGGAAAGACGUCUGAAGGAUAAGGAAAACGUAGAGAAGGAGCUCACUGAUGUGAAACAACAGCUCAGAUCUGCGCUUCAAGACAAAGACACCAAAGAUAAAGAUAUCACAAAACUUCAACAGACAACAGGCAACCUUGAAAAGAAACAUUCAAUCUUGGAAAAAGACCUGAAGGAGAAUCAAAGCAAGUUAGAGGUAUUGAAGACAGACAAGGACCACCUGGGGUCGAAAGUAAGGUCGCUCGAACAGGAUGUACAAACCUGGAAGAAGCUGGCCGAAGACAGACAGAGGGAGAACUGGCGCAUUGGAGAGGAGACAUCUAAGACCAUCAAACAACUCGAGAGAGUCGUUAUAGAAAAGGAGAAGGCUGAAUUAUCAGCAUCUGCGAAAGGAAACAGCGAACUGCAAGAGGUGUCUAAAAAACUAGACCAGAUGACUCAAGAAGUUGAACAACUUCGACGGGAGAAGAGCCUAAUAACAGAGCAAAGUAUGGCAAAAGACCUGACCAUCAAGUCGUUGGAGGGAGAACAGUCAAUAGUGGCAGAACUGAGAACGGAAGCCAAUGCACUGCGGGACGAACUGUUGAAACUGAAGGAAGACAGGGCAAAACAAGAAAACUUCGUACAGAAGCUGGAAGACGAGAACUAUUCUCUGAGAUCUAAGGUGGACAUGGAAGAAAUGACAGAAAACUCAGAGUCCGUACGUAAACUUAGGUUCCAAGUUGCGCAACUGCAGGCUGAGAAUAAAUCAUUGCAAGGCUCCCUGAGGGCAAAGGAGGACGUCGACUGGCAAGUAAAAAAGAGAAGUAAAAGUACGGAGAAGCUGGAUGAGCGCAAUGUCAAUGAGCGCAUGAGAGAACAUCGGUGGAGACAGAGUGUGGACAUUGUUGAACAGAUGCGAGCUCUAGAAGAUGAGAAUGAAGCACUAAAGUCAUUAGUGGAGUCUUCGAAACUCGCCGAGGCACAGGCAAGGGCCUACAUCGAGCGUAUAGACAUUGUGAAUAGGGACAUGCAGGAGAAAAUGCAGAUGUUGGAAUCACAGAAUCGUGACAUGCGAGAGCAAAUGUCCUUUGUCCGAAGAGAGAUUGAUUCGGGCGUACGCAGCAGCCCAGAAGGUGACGACGGUGGGGCAAGAAAGGACGAAGGCAAUGCAACUAUCCCAGAAUCGGAAAAGGAAGAAAUUGAGGAGAAGCUAUGGCAAUUGGAAGUAGAAAAUAAACAGCUGAAGAAAACGCUUGCUUACCUGAGGGAAGAUGUGAAGACGGCUAAAAGCCCGUCUCCAAAAAUAUCAGGAGAAAUUGGGAGAAUUCGACAGCUUGAGAGAGAAAACGCUGAGCUUCUGUCUAAGCUGGCAAAGACGGGAACCAACCCACAGCAAGAAACAGGGUCUACAGUAGAGUACCUUCAAACGGAGAUCAAGCGGCUUUCUGGUGAGAGAGACGAGUGGCAAAGUUUGGCACCUGAAGUUGACCAACUCAAGCGGACCUUGGCCUACGUCAAGACAGAGAACGCCUCACUCAAGGAGAACCUUCAGAAAGUGCAAGUAAAGAACAACGAGCUUGAAAAGAGCUACCUACAACUCAGAGAAGAGAGGGAAAAACUCAAGGCAAAGUAUGAAGCCACGAAGCCGAAGAAACGACGUCCUUCCGGCAGUACAGACUCGGAAGAAAAAGACGACAAAGAAGACAAGGAGGCAAAAGAGAAGGGAAUGAAGCGCAGCACGUCGAUGAGGGACUCCUUUGUACGCCGGCUGUUCCCGAGCUCCAAGUAGACGUGGAUGCGGACUGGAAACGGGCGUACCUCCUCUGGACGGAACACCAGGCCAUGAAGGUACACUCACAAGAAGUCGAAGAGGAAAACAAGACUCUAAAGUCCCAGCUGCAGAAAAUGGCGAAAGACUUUGAGAACCAGCAGAAGCUGCGUAAAAGAGUAAUGGAAGAUGACAACAUGCUAGAAGAUAUUGUCGAGGAGCUCCAAAAACAAAUGGACGCAAACACACAACAAAAGCAGACAAUCAAAGACCUGAAGCUAAAGGAAAUCGAUCUACAAACACGGUUAGAGAAGCUCGAAGUUCUGUACAUAGAUGCGUGUAAUAGACUCCGCGUUAGGCCAGCACAGCAACACCACAGAGACUCCAUAGUCAGGGCUUUAGAAGACCAAAUAGAGGUUUUGGGGCAGAA